ACUCCAGCCUGGGCGACAGAGCGAGACUCCGUCUCAAAAAAAAAGAAGAAAAAGGACACAGCUUGAGACUCGCCCUCUGAUACCUCUGAGGCUCCCAGCAGUCCUCCAGAGAGGACUACAAACUUCUGACCCCGGGCAGUGACACCUGGCCGGGCUCGCCAUUUCCUGUAUUACUCUCUGUGUGCUCAGGGGUCACUGAUGGCAUCUUUACUACAAAAGGGGUUGGGGGCCCUGCUGCAGGGAGUGAGGCCAUGGGCAGCUAGAACCCAAGUCCAGAUGCCCAGAUGGGGCUGUCAGAGGCGGCUGGGGGCAGCCCGGGUCAACUUGGGUGGGUUUGACGCUCAAGGCUAUGGACAACCCUGUGCUUGGCUGUUGGAGCCUCUGCUGGGAGGAACUAGGGACUCUCGACAGCACUAAGCACUGUCCGGAAGUGGGGGUUCUUAGGAAUCAGCGUCGGUCCCUUCCUCCCUCCUGCUCCAGCUCAUGCCCCCCACCUCCCACCUAGCCUUCCCAGGUUCCCAACCUCCCCCUGGGACAUGCACCUGCCUUUCCUUGGGGGCUACAACCACAAGCCCCUAGAGCACAGCUGCACAGACCUUUCGGAAGCCGGGACGCUGCUCGCAGGGGAACUUAAAAAGGCAGGCUGUGAACUGACAGAUGGCAGCCAGCUCCCGCCCACACAUGUGUUUUGUUUGGCUUGCGAAGUGUUUUUAAAAUUUUAAGCCAACAGUAAAAGGUCAGGUGAUUUCAUAUAAAAAUCCACAUUUCCCACUUCUCCUGUAACUCUGGCUGACCUGACCACACCGGGUCUGUGUUCCCGAGUGUCGCCGGAAGCUGACUGCAGCUGCCUCCUGUAGCCAGGGCAUGUGUGGGGAUCGCUCUGACAACUGUCCCCCACUCCUGCAGUGCCCAGUGCCCGACACCCAGGGGAGUCACUGCCACCAAUUCAACAUGUGACAGCCCGAAGUGGAGGGAAGCAGAGGAGGAAGAGACAGAGGGGGACACACAGAUGGAAACUGAGCCCAAGAACCAAGAGUGAGCCUGAGGACCACAGCAAGGGACAGCGCGAGAGGGAGGCAGCAGGCAGAUGGAGGCGAGGAGAGACUCCCUGGGCAUCUUAUGUCACUCCUCAGCCCCUGAGCAGCUGUCUCAUUGAAGGAAAAGAUGUGUUCAGGCUGGAACUCUGUGGUCCCUCUUCUCCCUGCUCCCAUACCCAGACACUGUGGCCAGUGGGGUCUUGAUCCUACUGCCCUCAGGCAGAAGACCACUGGCUCGGUGUGGUCCUAGCUUCCCCCUCCAGGCUCCCUCUCGGCAGAACUGCUGCAGCUCCUUCUUCACGCUGCCCCUUCUCUCUGGCUGGUCCUUCCCUCCUUCCACCCGUUCCUCGGCCGGUACAUCCUUGGCCAGUACCUGAGAGGCGGAUCAUAAAAGCUGCCCCUGUGCACCUUCAAGUCGGGACCCAGGCCUGCCUUUAGGCAGGAUCCCAGGGAAUGGGUUUUGGGCCUGGGGUGCAGUUCUGGGGUGCAGACACACAGCAGUUCAGAGCAGGAACCGGGCACAAGGCAGUGUCUGGGUGACUGUGGCCUUUGGCUAUCACCCUUUCCAACCUGGGCUCGGCCAAGGCCGGGAGAAAAGGCAGCCAGGUAUCCAGAUUCAGGUCAGGCCCUGGUGGAAAACCUGUCACCUCCUGUUGGGCAGGUGGAGGUCACUGACCCCUUUCUGUCUCUUGUGAUCUAUAUUUAGAGCCUGGGGAGGACAUGAAAAGGGUGAGGCCUGGACACGCUCCUCGGUCAUUUCCCAACACUGGCGUCACCAUUCCUAGCCUGCCUAGGUCCUGGGGUGGCCCUCUGUGGACGGGAUGCAGGGGUCCCCACAGGCGAGAGGCUGAACUCAGAGCUACCCAGACAUUGGAAGCCAUCGGACGCAUCCAACACACCCAUCUGACAAGUGGAAAGAUGAGCCCCAGAGAGAGCUGGGACUUGCCCAAGAUCUCACAGGAAAACCCAGGACUCACGUCUGUCCGGCCGCUCUGCAAAGCUUGCAGACGCUCCCUCCAUCCUGACCUGGGGCCUCAGAGUCUUCUCUUCGGGUCAGAGGUGGGUGUGCACCGGCGGGGGUUGGAGGUGAGCCAUCGGAAAGCCCAUUGGAAAGCCCCAGCCCUGAGCCUUCCUGCAGGCAAGUAUUUUGGGGGCCAGCGGUUGCCAAGCAACUGCUCUGGGUUGCCAUGGGAACACUCCCUUUUUCUGGGGCUUGUAAUUUUUAGGGGGAUGACACGAUGCUUUCCAUGCCCUUUCCUCUCCACUUCCUCACCCUGGCUUGGCUGCCCUGGGAGGGGACACUGGGAGUCCAUAAGCUCAUACCCCACCCCUGUUGGGGGGCCUACAUAUCCCUGGCCCUAAGACUCUUUGAGGCUACAGAAUCAAGAACCCCCAAAAUGCAGAGCCCAGAGUCCAAGGCCUUCAUUAGAGCAGGGAGACGAUGAAAGGGGCUCAUUAGCUCUGUUUACGUCUCCUCGCCGCCAUUAACCACCACUUGGGGCCUGGGGCCUCCCAGCCCCGCCCUGCCCAGCAGCCAGGCCCAGACCUGACCGUUGGAAGGCCGCUGUAAUUGGAAGGAAUGUGGUCCUAGUGCCUGGCCCUUCCCAGGUUUGUGUGCACACAGGGAGGCGCCAUUGCCAAACUGCCACUACCUAGCUGUGAAGUCCCUUCCCCUCCCAGUGCCUCGGUUUCCCCACCUGGAACGGAGGAUGGCAGUGGCACUUAUCUUGCAGAGUGCUGAGCAGAUACAAGGGACACCUUAGCACAAGGACCAUGGGCUGGCUGUCACCACCAGGCACCUCUGCAGCACGGGACAGAGGUGCAGGGAUGGCCUGGGAAGGACUCUGUGGAGCAUGGUCCUGUGGCUAGCAUGCAAUGGUGACUGACCACGCCGCUGAUGGCAGAAUAGCCACUGAAUCCAGGUCCCCAGGCUCCCAGCUCAUGCCUUCUCCACAAGAUCUGUCUGCCCCAUAUCCCUGACCCUUUCACAGGAGCCAGGGUGCUCCCCACAGGCCAGGCACCCAGUGCCAGCCAGGUGUACAGAGGCCAAUAUCUGCUCUGUGAAUCAAUCACUGAACCAACUGUCAAGGACCAGCAGCCUCAGGGGCGGGCCUGGUAGCUCCGUGAGCCAGGAGGUGGUGGGAGGGCCUUGUGCAGGCAGGGAGGUGACAGUAAGAAAUGGCCUCUGGCUGGAUGCAGUGUCUCAUGCCUGUAAUCCUAGCACUUCGGGAGGCCAAGGUGGGGGGAUCGCUUGAGCCCAGGUG